UGCCCCUCCCUGGCCCUGCCUCCUCCUCCUUCCCCGCGCCACCCCCUCCCCCAGCCUCCCGCUUCUCUCCGGCUGCUGAUUCUACCUAAGUGCCCCUCUCUGGACCAGUGGACCGCCCCCUCCUGUGCCUUCAAAUUCCAGGGCUGCAGUCCGAACGGGGGGGCUGCCGAGAGGGCUGCUGAGGUCCCUGGGCGCAGCCUGUGAGUCAGGACAGAGGAUGGGCAGGGCAGGGCAGGGCAGGACAGCAGUUCUCCCUCCCAGGGGCAUGCCCCCCCUCCCCGCUUCUGGAAAGGAUGGGGGCUCAGUAAGUAAGAGUAGGUUCUUCCCAGAACCCGGAGAUUCCCUACCUUGGCUCAGGAAGCUGUGAGGAGACCCAGCCAAGCCCCAUCAGACUUGUCUCAGCCCAAUAGGUGCACGCUCCCUGGGUUGGGAAGGCUCAUUAUCUGCAUUCUGAGCUCUUGCCUGUAGGAGUGUGUCCUGGGGACCAAUCUGGGUUUCUGCUGGGGUCAGGAGGUACAAGGUGCUGGCCCUCCUCAGCAGGGGCAAGGCACAAGGCCCACUUCAGCUGCUAGAUCUGGCAGGGCAGUGAGGCCUGGCUCUGCCUGCGGCUUGGGCUGGUGUUUGCUCUGGGAGGCUGAAGGGAGCAGUGCCAGCCCUGCACACACAGCUUGCUCUGUUCUGGGGCCAGAGAGAGGGAACCAGUGGGGGGCAGCUCUCCGGGGAGCACGGAGGCUGGAACGAGCAGGGGGCCCAGGCCCCUGAUGCCUGACUGGGACAGCCCUGGGAUUUACAGCUGCAGCUCUCUUUCUCUCCAUCUGGUUGGCAAUUCCUUUCUGGCUAAAUAGGAUGGACUCAAGGAGAAGCAAGGAGAAGUGAAGAGGACCCUGGUGGGGCCAGCUGCUCUGCCCCUCUCCUGCUCUGUGCACAGGCCCCUCCACUGUAGGCCCAGCUCUUCCUCCUGUUAGUUGAGGGGUGGAAGCCCACUCAGGCCAUGCUUUCUCAAAGCUGCACAGCCAGCAGGUUUCCCUGGUCUUCAGAUGGAGGUCAUUUGCUUUUUCAUUAAACUACUAAUUCUAGUUCCUGAAGAAACACAAGCUGGACCCUCAGGAAGUCUCUCCACAAUCCGCCACCAUUCCGUGCUGCGGGGACGCCAUGGCUCCAGAGGAAGACGCUGGAGGGGAGGCCAUAGAGGGUAGUUUCUGGGAGGCUGGCAACUAUAGGCGGACGGUGCAGCGGGUGGAGGAUGGGCACCGGCUGUGCGGGGACCUGGUCAGCUGCUUCCAGGAGCGUGCCCGCAUCGAGAAGGCCUAUGCCCAGCAGCUGGCUGACUGGGCCCGCAAGUGGAGGGGCGCCGUGGAGAAGGGUCCCCAGUAUGGCACGCUGGAGAAGGCCUGGCAUGCCUUCUUCACGGCGGCUGAGCGGCUGAGCGCACUGCACUUGGAGGUGCGGGAGAAGCUGCAGGGCCAGGACAGCGAGCGGGUGCGUGCCUGGCAGCGGGGGGCCUUUCACCGGCCUGUGCUGGGUGGCUUCCGAGAGAGCCGGGCAGCCGAGGACGGCUUCCGCAAGGCCCAGAAGCCCUGGCUAAAGAGGCUGAAGGAGGUCGAGGCUUCCAAGAAGAGCUACCACACGGCCCGGAAGGAGGAGAAGACAGCUCAGACGCGGGAGAGCCACGCGAAGGCAGACAGUGCCAUCUCCCAGGAGCAGCUUCGGAAGCUGCAGGAACGGGUGGAACGCUGCUCCAGGGAGGCCGAGAAGAUGAAAACGCACUAUGAGCAGACACUAGCGGAACUGCAUCGCUACACCCCGCGCUACAUGGAGGACAUGGAACAGGCCUUCGAGACCUGCCAGGCUGCCGAGCGCCAGCGGCUUCUCUUUUUUAAGGAUAUGCUGCUCACCUUACACCAGCACUUGGACCUUUCCAGCAGCGAGAGGUUCCACGAACUCCAUCGAGACCUGCAUCAGGGCAUCGAGGCAGCCAGUGAUGAAGAGGAUCUGCGCUGGUGGCGCAGCACCCACGGGCCGGGCAUGGCCAUGAACUGGCCACAGUUUGAGGAGUGGUCCUUGGAUACACAGAGGACAAUCAGCCGGAAGGAGAAGGGUGGCCGGAGCCCUGAUGAGGUUACUCUGACCAGCAUCGUGCCCACAAGAGAUGGUGCUGCACCCCCACCCCAGGCCCCAGGGUCCCCAGGUGGCAGGCAGGAUGAGGAGUGGUCAGACGAGGACAACCCCCGGAAGGCUGCCACUGGGGUCCGGGUGCGGGCACUCUAUGACUACGCGGGCCAGGAAGCCGAUGAGCUGAGCUUCCGAGCAGGGGAGGAGCUGCUGAAGAUGAGCGAGGAGGAUGAGCAGGGCUGGUGCCAGGGCCAGCUGCAGAGUGGCCGGAUUGGCCUGUACCCUGCCAACUACGUUGAGUGUGUGGGGGCCUGACCUGCCCUUACAGCCCUUCUACAUGUUUCUCCACCCCCACCACCCCUUUCAGUCUGAGCCUAGCUUGUCUGGGCAGCUGGACUUGAGGGCCCUGAACCAUGCUGCCCCUGGUGGCCCUCUGUCCCUUUCAGGAGAGAGGAAGUCUUGAGACUCCCAGGAGCAAAGGGGCCUGCCUCUAGGAAGGGACUGGUAGGGAAGGGCCAACUGAGUCUGGACUGAGGGGAAGGUGGGAAGGUCAGGAGGUAACAAAAGGGCUCAGGGGUGCCUGGGCCUCCCCAGGAAUACCCUGGUCUCCCCAGGAGUUGUGGACCCAGUGCCCAGUCUGUGUUUUGAGCUUCCUGGGGCGCGCUUGGGGUGAGUGUAGUUCUGGGCUAGCAGCACUCUUUUGUGGCUUCUAGUGUGUAUUAAACUUGGAAAAAAUAAACUUGGAAGAAAAACAAAACA